AUGUCAUUCCCAUUUGAUUCCAAUUCUCAUUUGCAACAACAACAACAACAACAACAAAAAGAAGACCAAAGAACCUUUCUUGCACAGGCUCACGUCGAAAACUUUCUGACGAGAUCUGGUCUGGGUCAAUACAAUCAAAUCUUUAUAGAAGAAGGCUUCGAUAGAUUGGAUUCGUUAUUCGAGGUAACCGAAGCCGAUUUAAUACAGCUUGGUGUAAAAAGAGGGCAUCGACGAUUACUCCAGCGUGCUAUUGCUAAUUCCAAAGGUAUCCCUUCAAGCCUGCCUCUUCAAAUCAAUCCAGAAACAAUCAUCAGAAGAUCAGACAUAUUAGAAUACGACCAUUCACUUCAAACCGCACCAGGAGCAGUCUAUUCUCAGGAUCACGUCCAUCUAAAUAGCACCAAUGGAAACAAUACCAGCAUCAACCCCAAUGCCGGCAGCAAUAGCACCAACAGCACCAACAGCAUAACCAACACCAACACCAACGGUAAUGUCAACAGCAAUGGAAACAGCAUUCACAAUCUCAACCACAGCCACAACCUCAACCACAACCACAACCAUAAUAAUCACAAUAAUCACCAUAAUAAUAUUGCAUCCCCCAUGCCCCUUGCUUCACCUCGCUCUUCCUCUGCCGGUCCGAGUAUCAGUCAUGUGUCUACAGGUGCGGCCACAAGUGGGAUGUCUUCUACAGAAGACGACAAUACUCCAGGAGAUAGUACGGGCCGACUCUGGAAAAGAAAGUACCAACGGCACGCUAAACCAGACAAGAAUUGCCCUCUCAAACCAUCAUCAGCAUAUGUAAUGUUCUCCAACGAUGUCAGAGCCGAAUUGCGUUCGAGGAACAUGACAUUUACCGAACUAGCAAAAUUAGUCGGUGACAGGUGGAAGAAUCUAAAUCACGAUGAAAAGCAACGGUACGAGACCAAUGCAAUGGUAGCACGCAAACAAUAUCAAAUCAGAUUAGAAGACUAUCAGAGAACAACCGAAUUCAAACAAUACCAAGAAUAUAUUCGUGAUUUCAAGGCAAAACACGAGGCUGCUGCUCGCCCGGUUGGUAAACCAAGAAAAAGACGAAGACGAGAUCUGGAGACCCAAGAAGAGGAAGAGGAGGAGGAAGAAGAAGAUGAAGAGAGACGAUCGAGAAAUGACGGAUAUAGUGAUUCGACAAUGAUUGGCCAACCACUGGAAUCAGCAAGUGGGAUUCAAUAUGGCCAGGAAAAUCUGAAUCCCCGAAAGACAUCUAUUCCUGAACACAGAAAUUACCCCUAUUGUAUCCUAAACGACGUACCUCCUCCAUCCCCUACAUCCAAUACCCCACAGUCCACAGAUCUUUCACACAGCGGUACCAUUCGAAACAAUAGCAGCACCAGCACCAGCACUAGCACUAGCACUAGUACCAGUAGCAGCAAUAGCAUGAGUGGACAUUCUUCAACAGCAACAUCAAUCAGCAGCAACAAGUCAUGA